UGUGUGCGCGCACGUGCGCGCAAUGGGGUGAACUCUGCAUGUGUGGAGGGGUGUGACCAUGUCUGACCGGGUGAACUCGUGUGUGUGAGUGCGGGUGUGUGAGAGAGCAAGCGCCUCGGCCAGAUGAGGGCCAACUCCGUGUGUGUGUGUAGUGAGGGGUGACUGCGUGUGCGCCGUGGGGGGUGCCGAGGGUGAAGUGCAUGUGCGUCUGCCUGUGUGUCAGUGUCACUGUGUGUGUGUGUGUGUGUGUGUGUGUGUGUGUGUGUGUGAGUGUGUGUGAGUGUGUGUGUGUGGAGCGCGGCGGGGGGAGCGCAGGGGCGGGCCAGCGGCAGUAGCGCUGCCUGGCCGCGGUCCAGCCCGGCGCACUAAUACAGGCUCGCCGGCUCCCGCCUGACUGACGCCGGCCGGGGCUGCUGCUGCUGCUGCUGCCGCCGCUGCUGCUGCUGCCGCUGCUGCCCUGGCCCCGCCGCCGCCGCCGCGCAGCUGCAGCCGCAGCCCCGCUCCCGCGCGCGGCGCAGCGCAGAGCGCAGCCAGCGCCGUGGCAGGCUUCAUCAGCAGUUUCUUGAUGUUUGUAAAGUUCUGAGAUCUACCCUGCUGGAGUACUUGUAACCAGCACCUGAGAUUACAAAAACUUAUGUGUGGAAGAACCUCUCUUUGAAGGAAGCUGCCAUCUGAGCAUUGUGAAAACUCCAUCCAGGCCUUGGAAGGCAGGAGAGCAAAUUGUGCUUCUGUUGACGCUGGUGUGUAAUAUCUGCUUCUUAUGCACUCCAGCACCCCUAUCAGCUCCUUGUUCUCCUUCACCAGCCCUGCAGUGAAAAGACUGCUGGGCUGGAAACAAGGAGAUGAAGAGGAAAAGUGGGCAGAAAAAGCUGUUGAUUCCUUGGUGAAGAAAUUAAAGAAGAAAAAAGGUGCCAUGGAAGAACUGGAAAGGGCUCUGAGCUGCCCUGGUCAGCCCAGUAAAUGUGUCACGAUCCCACGUUCCUUGGAUGGGCGGCUGCAGGUGUCUCACCGCAAGGGGCUCCCCCACGUCAUAUACUGCAGAGUGUGGCGCUGGCCUGAUUUACAGUCUCACCAUGAAUUGAAACCACUGGAAUGUUGUGAGUUCCCAUUUGGCUCAAAGCAGAAAGAAGUGUGCAUUAACCCCUACCAUUACCGGCGGGUGGAAACCCCAGUGCUACCUCCUGUGCUAGUGCCAAGGCACAGUGAGUUUAACCCUCACCUCAGCCUGCUGGCCAAAUUCAGAAACACUUCUCUCCACAGCGAGCCACUGAUGCCGCACAAUGCCACCUACCCUGACUCUUUCCAGCAUCCUCCGUGCACCCCUUUUCCAUCCUCACCCAGUCACAUGUUCUCCCAGUCACCUAACAGCAUCAGCUAUCCCAAUUCACCAGGAAGCUCCUCUGGACCAGGAAGCCCCUAUCAGCUCACAGUGGAAACUCCACCCCCACCUUACCAUGCAAGAGAAACUUCAGGAAUCCAAAAUGGGCGGUCAAUGGAUGCAAUAGCUGAAAGUCAACUAGUGCUGUCUUUGCCCCAUGGAGGUAAAUCUGCCGAUGGAGAAACUGAAAACUUUCGCCCUGUUUGCUAUGAGGAACCCCAGCAUUGGUGCUCAGUUGCCUACUAUGAACUCAACAAUCGGGUAGGGGAGACUUUCCAGGCUUCCUCUCGAAGUAUCCUUAUAGAUGGAUUUACAGACCCCUCAAAUAACAGAAACAGGUUCUGCCUAGGCCUGCUCUCAAAUGUAAACCGCAACUCUACUAUAGAAAACACCAGGAGACACAUAGGAAAAGGUGUUCAUCUUUACUACGUUGGCGGAGAGGUUUAUGCUGAAUGUGUGAGUGACAGCAGCAUUUUUGUGCAGAGCCGCAAUUGUAACUAUCAGCAUGGUUUCCACCCAGCCACUGUCUGCAAGAUCCCCAGUGGCUGCAGCCUCAAGAUCUUCAACAACCAGCUUUUUGCCCAGCUGCUUGCCCAGUCGGUCCAUCAUGGUUUUGAAGUGGUGUAUGAGCUGACCAAGAUGUGUACUAUUCGAAUGAGCUUUGUUAAAGGCUGGGGAGCAGAGUAUCAUCGCCAAGAUGUUACAAGCACGCCCUGCUGGAUUGAGAUCCAUCUUCAUGGACCAUUGCAAUGGCUGGACAAGGUGCUGACACAGAUGGGCUCACCUCAUAACCCCAUCUCCUCAGUCUCUUAAGAGUCAUCUCUUGAACUCCCUUAGGAUGGAUGCUAUUGCAGGCAGUGGCUUAUAGAAUUUCCAGUGAACAGAAGCUUCUAUAUGUAGAUGUAUGUAGAUGUAAAUAUAUCUAUACAUAGUCUACUCUCCUAUUUUUUUUUCAUGCUAUGUUUUGUGGUUUCUAGCUGCUCUGAUGCCAGUACAAUAUGUUUAGAAAUUCAGGUAUAGCAUAUCUGUUCUCUAGUACAAAAUAAGCCAAAUUCCUGCAAAAGUGUUGAACAUUUCUUAUGAGCAUCUUCAUUUGCCAGCCAAGCCAGUAAAAGGUGAGAAUUCUCAGCCCUUCUGUGCAGAUUCAGCAACCUGGCUGUAGCUGUUCCUAGUAGGUGAAAUUCACCCCUCUGCAGGCAACCAAAGUCAGAUCCCUGCACCACAUAUCCAUUUUACAUCCUAAUUUCAGGUCUAAAAGAGAACCGUAAGUGAUGCACAAGACUUACGGAUAGAGAUGACUUUUAUCCAGUGAACUGAAGGACUAAACAGCAAUUCCAGUCUGUCUCCCUACUGCAAAGCAUGAUGGGAUAACAGAUCCUCUGAGGAGCUGAGACACUCCUGUCUCCCAUAGGAUUUGGCAGGAGGAGAGAGCCCUCAGGAUGGAUUCAGCACUGGAGCCUUAUCAGAGCAUUCUGGACAAAUCCAAGUAGUCUGAUACUGUUGACACAGUAGUGUAUGGUACUGCUGCACUGAAAUACAACAAGCUCCUAAAAAAAAGAAAAUUUGAAAUAUAUACAUGUAUGUUUAAAAAUUAACUUCCAGUGCUUUUUUGCAAAGUACAUUCAUACUUGCAUAUGUAUUUGGCAUGUAAAAUGAAUCCUAUCCAUUAUACAGUAUUGAUGUAGUUUGUUUUAAAGUUAGGACUAUCUGUAGUUAGACUACUGUGCUGAUAUCAAGGGUACGUCUAAAAGGGACUUGAGCUGUGAUUCAGAAAAGGGAAAUGAAGUGUGCAUUGAAGAACUGAAUAAUUAGUUCAUCAUCUAUCCUGGGAGAGUCUCUGUAUUGAGAACAGGGCAGAACAAGGAGCCCCACGCUCACAAGAUUGAAGCAGAAGGAGGUCGGAAUCAGUCUCAUCAAUGCCUUGAGCUGUGCCACUUCUCAGGAUCUGAGUGCAACACUUGGGUUUGACACAGAGGGGUUCCCAGCCAGUCACUUUGUACAUCCUCAUGGAUGGUUUCUCAUCUUAGUUAGAUUUCAUCAUUUACAGUGUCUUUGCCUCGCAUAUAUAGGAUGGUGAGGCAGUGUAAGCCACAAACAAGUGAAGAAUGAACUGGUGCACAAAACCUUUUAAAAAGCUCCUUGUCUGUGGUCCUUCAGUAAUCAGGAGAGCCUGUUGCCCUUACUCUCAGCCGCAGAGCCAACCUUACAAAAUGCUGUUCACCUGAUAACCUUUUCUGAGGGGGCAGGUGAAACACCAUUAUAUGUUGAUGGUCUCCAUUACCUUGCUGAAAGAGGAGGAUUAUUUCUCUCCAGGAACAGCAGGCCAUCUAAAAUUGUUUUGCUUUAAGGGCCAGAAAGAAUGACAGUUUCUCAAAUCUCACUCUUUCUUAGAACACACAAGAAGUAUACCUAGAAAAGAAUAUUUUAGAGAAUUUUCUUUUCUUUUCUCCUCACGCAAUACCUGGUGCUACACAUUUUACUGUAUAAUUACAAGAGGAUACUUGAAAUCUUCAGGUACAUCAUAUAUACAAACCAAAUACAACAUUCAUUGGAAAGACUUUUCAUAUCUUUUAGAAGCUUCGUAAUACCUGUUAUGAGGUAGCAAUUACAAAUAGAAAGAAGAAUCAGUAAACUAGCAGGGAUACUUCCCUUGAAUGCACCUUCAACUGCCUCUACCAUUGUUAGGGCACAGAAUGAUAGAUGAUCAGUAAGUUAUAGCAGUGAUAGAAAAUUUUAUAGGAAAUGUGUAUACAUGAGGAGCCCUAUUCUGUCACCAUUUGACGUCAGCAGUAUCACGGUGGGAUAGGAAAGGCUUUACAGCCUCCUGCAGCAGUGAAAUCGGGUAAUAAUGUUACACAGAAAUUCCAGACAUGCCAUUUACUGCUUAGCAGACUUAAGGGAUAUUGGUUUGGAAACACAUUUUCCUCAGCUCCCUCAGUGUCACCUUACUGAGGUGUUGCUAAUGUGGUGGGGGGGGUUUUUGUAGAAUGUUGGCUGUGCACUUACUUCAGCAAUUUCUCGUGUGCUUUCCAUAUUACUUUUCCCUUUUCUUUCUUGGUAGCUGAGGACAGAGAAAACUAACUUCCUCUAUCCAGGAUCUAGUCUGCCCUUUAUCCUAGACUCUUCGUUGCCUUCUAGGCUUCAGCUAAGAAACAGAAACUGAAACCUCCUUCCCUCCUACUAUAGAAAGGAGCUUAGGGGUUGGUUUUAGACAUUUCCAAUAUUUUCAUCUUCUUCAUGGAGAGCAAGGGUGCACCAGCUCUUUGGCAAUUCUAGAACUCAGUUUCCUGUUGUUGCUACAGAGGAAAAUGGAUAGUCAGUGAAGGGAAAGAGGUAUUUCUAAGGCAUCAUUCAUUUCAUCAUAAGGUAGAUAAUUGAAAUAGGUCAAAUAUACUGCACUCUCAGCAUGCUUCUGUCUUCUCAUCAACUAGAAGGGGAACUCAGGGUCACUAGCUCAGAUGUGGACUGCUACAUUGGACAUAUUCAAAAAUAGGUGAGAUGAGUUCUAGGGGAGAUGUAGUGGCUUUGACAGCCUGGCAAUGAUGCUUGCACAGUAAGUAAGUGUUGUUUAAAUAGGAGAUGAUAGAUUUCAGAACAGCUUUUCCUUUUCUGUAUUUCUCCUCUUACGGUAAUCCUCAUACAAAUAGCUCUUUUGGCUUAAACAACUCUAUGCAUGCAUCUCAUUAAAGAUAGUCACCUUAGUUCCCCUUAAAAGUAAGUAAAGAGACAGGCGUUUCUGAAACAUGAUUAUUCUGGCCUAGUGUGUGCGUUAGGAUGAGAUGAAUCAUUCAACUAUUUGCUGAAAGUUGGAUCAAAGCACCCGAUUCUGGACAAUCAAAGCCAACAGCCAUCUUAGCGCUAUUAACCUGUAAGAGGGCUGUCAUCACUGUAUGCACUACUUCCAGUUUUGGUGAGCUCUGUAGGCUUUAGUCCCAACCAGGCCAGCACCAUUUUAUGAGACAUUGUGCAGACAGAUACACAGGAACUGACAAUUCCUUCCCAAGAGAAGGGAAGAGCUUACAGCGUUAGAGAGAAGUGAUAACAGUGAAUAUAGUAGAAGUAGCUAGGAAGAUGAUCUCUGCCCACAACAAAUGAUAAAAAGUAAGGAUAAAAAAGAUUCAUUUUCCUUUCUUUUUGAACAAAGUCUUUCUUACAAGCUCCUCUAGUAUGUGAACUGAACUCAAUUAAAAAUUCAGUUUUCUCACUUUAUAGUAAGGAAUUUUGUAUCUUACUGUAAUGUCUCUCCAUUUUAGGAGGACUUUCUGCUGAAGGGUCUUCAUCAACCUAUCAGCUUGUAUUAUAUUUGAAGCCUUUAAAUGCAUUCAUAAAUACUCAAGCUUUUGAGAUGGGCUUCCUGAGAGAUUUAAAAAUCAAUUACAAGGAUGCUACUUAGCUGAAGGCAUUUUUUUCCUAAUGUUUUUUGAGCCAUCAGCAAUUCAAACCUGCUUGAAGGUGUCUAUGGAGAAAUAUCAUGCAUCAGCAGGCAGUGAUGGGAGUUUGACCAGCCAGUGGCAUAAAGCAUAUUUCAUCUUGCUACUCAGAUCAUUUGUUUUCCUAUUGAGCAGUCCAGAGAAGACUACUUAACUGCUGCCAGUUGUUCAGCAGCAGCAGUGUUAAUGUGUCAUUUGCAUCGAGGUGACUGAAGCAAAUCUGGCAUACUGUGUGAAACCAGUCAGUGGUACUGUUGCUCUGACUGCUCAGUCCCAUAAUCUUAUAUUAUAAAAGACAACGAGGUAUGUUACAGCAAUGACUGUAGCAUUCUUGUCCGUGAGUGUUUUGCCUCCCCAUCAAGCCCUUCCUCAUGGACAACACCCCUAGCUACGCCUGGUGGUGUUUUUACCCACAGCAUGUCCAGGCAGGCCUGUGCGCUCUGAAGGCAAAGGCUGAGCUGAGUUUUCACAAAAGAAGAAGGGCUCUACAGUGUACUUCCUAUUUAGUAAAGCCACAAACAUCUUUACUCCUCAUGAUUAUUUCAUGUUCUGCCUUGCUCAGUCUGAAGGAUUAUGUAUCAGCAACAUGAAGGGGAACUAUGGCCCUAAGUAAUAUCAACUGGUAUCAAGGAAAUUCCUUCAGUGUCUCCAGCAGGUACUAUAUCAAGACUGCCAAGGCCCUGAGCAGCCCUCUCUAAGUGCUCCCUGCUUUGAAUAGGGCAUUAGACUAGAUGCCUUCCAGACAUCCCUUCCAACUUACUUACAUUAUUCUAUGGUUCUACACAGAGAUUCAAUAAUAACAGGUUGUCACAAGCAGGACCUGUCUCCUAGUAGAAACAGUUUCAGGCUGAAACAUCAGCAUCAUCAGCUAUUUCUACAUGAGUUCAGUGCAGGGUAGAGUUACUAGAUAUUAGUGUUCUCUCAGUAUAAAAUCAGCAGUGUUAACAUCUCUCACUGUAAACAUCACCUCCACUGCCCAACUCCUAAAAUGGAGAAAGUCAGGGGUUUGUGACUGUAACUUUGUCUAAUCUGCCUUCCUGGCAUGCAACACUCAUCUUUUUGACUUUAAGUUCAAAAAGUCUCACUGGUGACUGAGGAGCUUUUAAACUCCCUGGAUUCACAGAGGCAACUAAGGCAGAGACUCCAUCUGCUUCUUCAUUGGAUAGAAUGAUAUAUAGAGAAGCUUGAUCAAAUUUAGUGGACUUUGAAGGGCCUCAAGCUAAUUUUCUUGGCUCAUUAGGGAUGUCUCUGCUGCAGCUAUAGCUUUCAAGAAUGCUUGAGCAUUUUAUGAUGGAAGCCAACACAGGAAAGAAACAUUACAUCCUAUUUACUAUUCACCUCUCCUCCCAACCCCCCAUAACCUAGCUUAGUAAAACCAGAAACAGACACAAUAACAAAAGAUUGAUGAGUCAUAGGGUAAAUUAAUUAAAUAUAAUUUUCAAAGCUGAGAAGUGCUGCCUAGAAUAUAGAUUUGUACUAUCAGUUAGAAUGGAACUGAACAUGACAUGCUCUCUAAGCAUAAGGAGAGGGCUCCUGGCUUUGGAGGACCUGGGAAGCAGGCUGCUACUUGAACAUCUGGACCCAAGCCCUUCUGGGUGAGUGGAAAUGCCACUGAAGGGGUUCAGAAGGUUUUAUAGAGGGCUUACAGUUCACAGUUGUUUUUUGUAGCUACAGAUGCACUGCAAGGGUGAAGGGAUUGGGGGGUGGAGGCAGGGUGGUGUCGCAUAUGACUAGAUAUGCUCAGUGGUCAACCCUGGAAGUAUCAAGGCGAUAUGUAUUUAGGCAACCAUUGCGCUCCCUGGAGCUUGUUACAGUCACACCUAAACAAAUCUUCAAGACCUGUUUCAGGAACAGCUUGGAGUGCUGUGUGCCUUGAUCUGGUGCUUCCUAUUCACACUGCCUGGCUGGGUGUGCCAGCCACCUGAUAAGCCAUUAGGCAUGUUAAGGCAAAUGGUGUCCCAUGGGAUCCAGGGAGUAGGCUCUAGUUGCAUCUGGGACUGUCUUGCAAGACGACUGUCUGCCUCUCCACAGGACUGAUGCUGAGUUCAGCUUUGGGCAUCCAUUCAAGGGCAGUACAAGCAUUUCCAGUGCAUGCUCCCUAAAUACAAUUGCAGUUUGGCCAGCAACUGCAUGACUAAAGGACAUGGAUUAUAUAGCGGCUACCUGGGAACUGCAAAAAAGCAACCCACUUCCUGCAUAGGUGGGAGAUCCUAGUGCUCUAAUCAGAUGGAAUCAGCAGAAGUCCUCAUAGCCCAAAAAAUCUGGGUCUCUUACUUAGGGAAUGACAUUUAUAACAAGAACUAAGAAUGAAAAGUGUCCAAUCCUGAGAGUCUGUAAGAGGUUAGACAACCAUUAGUCAAGAAUGAGCCUGGUAGAGUUGGUCCCAUCUUUCAGUAGGGGGAGAGAUUAUAUGAGUCUUUAAAUCUGUGAACAAAAUGCUUCUCAGCUUGGAGGCUUCAUUGCAGUCACUGAGAGAGGGCUUCUUUCUGACCGCUGCCCCAGGAGUCAUUCUCUCUGUACCCUUCUGCAAGGUAUAGAAAGCCUGAGUGGGUAAUAAGUCUUUGUUCAGCAGAGAGAAAUUGCCUUGUGUCUCUAGUGCAGACAGACUCUUCUGCAUGUCAUGCACCAGCAAAAGAUACAGCCUUUAGUUUGUAUCAAUUGUCUACUCACAGGAAGCUCCAAAGUGGCCAGGAGUGGCCAGGAGCAUAAUGCAACAUCAGAUCCUGUUACCUGCCCACGCUGGGGCCUCCCAAACAGCCUGCCAAUGGCUUGCCUGAGGGUGCAUUUUGGUAUGUUGCCAUACUGAUGCCACACUCAGCUGCACCUGGGCCAUGUUUGCAAACUCGGUGCCUGUACAGAUAAUGAAUCUACUUUGCAGGCCAUAUCUCCAAAUGCAAGGUAGACAUAACCACUAUGUCCUCCAGAGUCAGCUACUCUUCCAUUAUAGCCAAUGUGAACAUUUGCAGCUAAUUGUGAACACUUUUUAGAUCUUCAGUCAUAGUGUUUUUAUUAUCCGUGGAUGCUGCUAUUUUAUAUUCCAUGUUAGUCCUCAAAUAAUAUUGCAUAUGAAUAGCAUAGGAAGAAAUAGACCAAACAGUUAAAUAAUUUUAAAUACAGACCUCGUGAGCAAAGAAAAGCUAGAAAAAACUUGGUAAAGUCUAACUAACCCCUUGCACUUUCACAAUAGUGAGCACAUCAUCUGUUUCAAAGUGAUUUUUUUUGAUGCUACAGUGUGUUACGUCUUAUUAAUUCACAGUUAUGUCCAUGAGAUGCUUUGCAAAUGAGAGAGCAAGGGAACAAAUAUAAUGAUGAGCAGAGAUAAUGCACUUCUAGAUAAAUUUUCUUCAUUUAUUUGGGCAAUUGGAGAUCAGUUUUCAAUUACUUUUAGUACUUUCUAAGUACAAUUUAAAUGUUCAUGGCAUAUUUUCUGCAGAUAAUGAAGUGUUAGCAAUUUAAUCCCUCAUUUCAGUACUGCCUGUGCAGUGGGAUAACAAAGUGAAGAAACAGCCCUUUUUUGUGGGGAUCAAUGAAGCCAUAAUCUUGCAAGGACGUAUGCAUUCAAGGGGCCAAAAUGGUGGAUUUGAGCAAGAACUGCUUUUUUAUGUUUAGUAGCUAUCACAAUCAUCUGGUUGAGUGGAAAAAAAACCCACAAAGAGUACAUAAAGAUUUAAUAGUAUCACUUCUGCCUAUUAACAACUCUGCCCUCUCAUUUUCCAUCACAAUCAAGGCAAAACUUCUUCACCAUCUGGAAGAUGGAAGUAAGUAUUAUUCACAGUUACUGAUAUCCUGUAAAACAGUGUAGAUCACUGUAUAAAUAAUGCUGCUUGGACUCUUGCCUCUUGAGAAUGAAAAAUCUCAGCGACGUACUUAGUUUCAGGAGCCUGAGAGAUCAGGGCAGCUCCAGAGUAGUCAAUCCCAUGCCCUCUCAUAUCAAGAAAAAUAUAGCAACUGCUUUUCAAGUGGACAUUUUCACAAACAUUCCGCCUGUUGCAUCUGAUUUGAGGCAUCCGGAAGUCAAUAUAUUUAAUCUGAUGUUUGAACGAUACACUUUUUAACACACUCCAUUUUCUUUGGCUGGAAUUAAUCUAUUGUAAAAGGGAUUAUUCAUGUCUUGUGUUUUACUGUUAAUAAAGUUAUUUCUGAUUUGAGAAAA